CCCUCUGAGAAGGUCUGUCAUGUGGAGGUUUCUUGUGGCCAGGCUGCUCCUCUUCCUCCUGCAUCCCAGAUAUACGCUCUCAGACUCAGAAUGUAAGUGGUUGGCCGUAGUCAACAGGUUUGAUAACCUCGGAGGCGACCGGAACGUCUUCUUUCAGCAGCGUGAAAUUCCCUCAGUAAAGGAUGUCUUCAAGGAGCUGGUGGAUUCGGCCAUAGACCCUGAUGACAAAAACGCAAAAUACCUGGGGUUUCCAUACUACUUGAAAAUUAACCUGACCUGCAAAACACUGAACUCUGCAAUGGCACUUCGGACAGCUCACUACAGUGGACUGAAACCAGUGGUGACUGUCACUUUUGAAGAACCCACCCACGCUGUGCGUCAGAAACAGGAACAAUUGCAGAUCGAAAUGACGGGAGCUCCGUUCAGGAUGGGAGGUUGCCGAAGCGAUGAGGUUUGCAGGAUGUGCUGGUACACGCCGAUGCCCUUCAUGAAUGGCAGUGUCGUCAUGGAUGUGAUUGUGGCCAGCAAUCACCUUGGCAUGACUGUGGACGAUAAGAGGUUCUCUAUCAAUGUAAAUGGAUUUGUGAGAGCAAGUAAACAAAGAGCUAGAUUCAGCAUUGGGAGAAAGCUGGAUGCUUUGAAUCACUUCAUGUCUCUGUCACAUGCGUCGCGUCCCUUGUGGCACACCCACAUCCGCGCCCCUGUGCUCAUCCUUGGUGACUUCCCCAUGAGCAAGGUUGUCCUCCUCUCCGACACGGGAUUUGAAGAUUACUUUCCAGUAGAGGUGGGCAUCGACAGCUGCUGGAUUGGCUCCAUCUCCUGCCCACAGAGGGGUUUCUCCACUUCCAUUGCUGACAGCAUUGCGACAGAAAGCACCCUCUUCAUCCGGCAGAACCAGCUGGUCUAUUACUUUGUGGGGCAUUACCCCAUUCUGCACAUGAGAGGCCCAGGUUCAGAGAUGUGGACACGUGUAUUGAACAACGUCUGUGUGAAGAAACUAAACCCUGUGUUUUUUGUGAAGAAUAACACCGAAUACGUGAUUGCUCUUGGUGGCGGCGGGCAAGAAGGGCAAUUCUUUCUUAUUUCUGUGCAAGAUGGGAUUGUGAACGCCACUACCUCUUUGAGGGCUCGGAGUAAGACGGUGUGCCAAUAUCUGAAUUUAGGUUACUGCCGACUCGUGUGGGUUAUCUUCUCUACAAAUGACAACAAGUUCAUUUUGCUAGUGCAUGAUCUUGGAGCACCGCUGCACUUGAUUGUGGAGUACCAGAGAAGUUCAGGCAUGAGCAAACUUUCUAACUUGGGGGCCGCAUGGCAGGCUGCAGCAGGAUUCCAGAAAGACUUUGCCAAACAUAUGGCUGAGACAUCUGGCAAGCUUCUUGCCUCUACCACAGCCAUACGGCGCCAUGCAUGGCUUCGUGCCUUCACAUUAUCGGAAGAGAGCCGUUUGUUGGCGGAAGACCUUCCUAUGAAUGAGGAAGGCCUUUUUGAUCCAACAACUGACGAAAAGAUUAAACACUCACGGGAAGUUAUGCAAGCAGCAAAAUACCCAUACCCAUAUCCAUACCCAUGGCAGCCAGGUGAUCGUUUUCAGCCGAUUUAUACCAUCCCUAAAUUUAUACCGAGAGCUGUCUCAGACAGAGGUUACGUGCUGUUGCUGGGGACAGAGCAAUAUACUACUCGAUUCCUCACCCCCAGAGGUUUGGCUUUCAACCCCUUCAGUAAGAUAUUCUACAUCUGGGGGAAUGCUAUCUUGCAAAGCAAUGACAUGGUGAGCUACAUAUAUUUGUCUAACUUUCCGGGCGUUUCUCCUAUCAAAUAUUUUGUUAUGUCCUUUACUGGCCACAUUGCUUUUGUGACAGACGCAAAUGAGGUCUGGGUUAUGAGUGAAAGCAGCACAGAGAUCAAAAGAGCAUAUCCGUCCGAAGCCUGGUCCGUGUACAAUACCCUGCAAGUGAUGGAAGGCUCACCGGAUCACGACUUGAAUGCCACUCAAGCUAUAGUCACGGUUUUCUUUGACAAGGAUGGGAUGCAAGAGUUGGUUUAUAGGGAGGAUCCUGGAACCACUGGAAAGUUAAUCAAGAGGAAAUUCCCUCUGGAUCAUAUACUGACCUACGACCAGGUGAUCAGCACUCCUCACAAAUGGAUGACUCACAAUGGCAUAGACUACAUCAGAUUCACCCACCGUUGCCCAUUUGCCGUGGUCCGCUUUGUGGACUUGCCGUUCCCGCAGCGCUAUACUCGGAUGGAGCAUUACCGUGUCAAGCCUCCGGAAAUCAUGGUCAAGACAGGCUUCUAUGACCAGAAGUCGCUGAUUGUGUACCAGGGACUGGUCUACCAACUGCUACAGCUGCAUUCAGCUUACCACAGAGCUUAUGCUGACCCAGUCCAUGACCCCACUUGGCGCUGGUGGAAGAACAAGAAACAAGAUGCAGAAUACUACUACUACAUGGCCAGCAAUUGGAAAUCUUCUGGAGGCAUCUAUGUUGACAUGGCCAACUAUGUGAAGAUCUACAACAUCAUGCCCAAUAAUUUGCUGCCGAAAACUAUCUACUUGGACAAGGAGCAGACUUUCCUCUUCUCUGUGUACUUGAGCCUCCGGACGACCAAACAGAGCAUGGGGGAAACGGCGGAAGAGAAUUCUCUCAACUACAUGUGGCUCACCAUACUUUUAUCCCAUCCGGAAUAUGUUCAUGCGGAUCUAGAGAGGCACGAACUAAUCAGCAGAGGCUCCAUCCUCUAUAAGGUGUCAAUCUCAGACAGUGGCCAUUACCCAAUGCAACAGCUCAGUGGGAAGGAGCUGUUGAAGAGCUCUGCUAAUUUAAAGGUUGCACACUCAGGGAUGAACUGCUACCACUACAUGGAUGACGGACCAGUCAUAAAGGGCAGUGAUACAAUCAGCAUCAAUAUUGGAUGUCCUCCAGGCAGAAGGCUGGCUUUUGACAUCACUUACACCAAGAAUUACACUACCGAGAAGAACAAGCGCUACUUCGACUGUGUGAAACCGGACCCCGAGAUGCCCUGCUUCUACUUCAGUGAUGUGUUUUACCCUUUCUUCUUGAUCCAAGACAUGGUGACAGGGCACUCGGGGCGUUUCAAUGGAAGCUAUAUCUUCUCAGUCAUUGGUGGGGGAGCUUUUUCAGUCGAUAACAUUGAAUACUUCAAAGAGGAGGACCUUGCGCGCUACAACACCAUGAUUGGCAGCGUAACAAACAGUCUCAUCUGGCUGAGGGCUGAUGGUGAAGAUAACAACACCGAUGCCGAAGGUUUCAAUGUCUUCUCUCAAGACAGCUCUGGGAUACUGUGGGUCUGCCAGAAGAAUUCUCCCUGUCACGACAUUGUUCCCAAUGAUGCCUCUGCUCCGGAGUACUUCUUUGUGAUGAAGGUAUCAAACAGGGGAGUGGACCAAACCACCUAYUGYGACUAYGCCUUGGAGUUCAUCAUCCACGUUCACGGCCUGCGCCUUAGCUAUACCAGAGCCCUCUUUCUCUUGGAGGUAUCAAUGGGCGUCAUCUUUGGUAUGCUCAUCCUAUACAUAAUGGUCCUUACUAUGGCUCCCACAUGCAAGUCCUACUUUGGCAAACUCAUGAAGAGGAUGGAAGAAGCAUUGGUCUUUCGGACAGCAUCCAGCCUCACCUUCACCUCAUCGUUCACCAGCCAAUCGUCACUGCACCAUAUGACUUCCGAAGGGAUCCGAGGCAGUUUGGUCCAACACUCCUCCAGAUCAAAUCCAGCGGAAGCCUCAGGGAUGCAGUAAGGCCAGCCAGCUG